AUGGAAACAGCAGACCAACCCCAAAACCCUUCCGAUAACCUAAACGACGUCGUCUCCGGCGUUUCCUCGCCGGAAACUGACUCAUCGAGCCCUCAGGAAACCAACCAAAACCAUUCCUCGGCACCUCCUCAGGAAGCGCCGAUCUCGGACUCCCAAGACGACUCCUCCGAGCCCAUCGCUGAAGACACGCCUAAUGAACCGCCUCAAAACCCUACCGGACCGGGUCCGGCGGAAACCACCGGCCUGCCGCCAAAACGACGCCGUCGGAGGAAGAAGUUCUUCACGGAGCUCAUCGGCACUCCGUCGAUGGCCAAGAGCCGCCGCACCGACCUGAACAAGGAGGUCGACACCGAAGCGCUGAUAGCGCUCUCGGUAGGGUUUCCGGUGGACUCGCUCACGGAGGAGGAGAUCGAGGCCAACGUGGUCCCCGUCAUCGGCGGAGUUGAGCAGGCCAACUACAUCGUCGUCCGGAACCACAUUCUGUCCAGGUGGCGGUCCAACGUGUCGUUCUGGCUGACCAGGGAGAUGGCGCUGGAGUCGAUUCGGCUGGAGCAUAAAGCAUUGGUGGACAAAGCUUACAAUUUUCUGGUGGAGCAUGGCUACAUAAACUUCGGGUUAGCUCCGGCGAUUAGAGAUGCGAAAUUGAGGUCGUUUGAUGGCUCCGAGAGGGGCAAUGUGGUCAUUGUGGGAGCCGGUUUGGCCGGCUUGGUGGCGGCGAGGCAGUUGGUGUUUUUGGGGUUUAAAGUUGUGGUGUUGGAAGGGAGGAGUAGGCCUGGAGGGAGAGUGAAGACGAAGAAAAUGAGAGGGGAGGGAUUGGAGGCUGCAGCUGAUCUCGGUGGGAGUGUCCUCACCGGAAUAAAUGGGAAUCCGCUAGGGGUUCUAGCUCGGCAACUGGAGCUGCCUCUGCAUAAGGUGAGGGACCUUUGCCCGCUUUAUUUACCAGAUGGAAAAUCGGUGAAUUCUGAGAUGGAUGAUAGAAUAGAGGCUUCGUUUAAUAAGUUGUUAGAUAGAGUUUGUAAGCUUAGGCAUGCAAUGAUUGAGGAAGUGAAGUCUGUGGACGUUCCGUUAGGGACUGCGCUGGAGGCUUUUCGAAGAGUGUGUAGUGUGGCUCAGAAUCCACAGGAGAGAAUGCUCUUGGAUUGGCAUCUAGCUAAUUUGGAAUAUGCAAAUGCCACCUUGAUGUCUAAUUUGUCAAUGGCGUAUUGGGAUCAGGAUGAUCCCUAUGAGAUGGGUGGUGAUCAUUGUUUUAUUCCUGGAGGCAAUGAGACUUUUGUGCGAGCCCUUGCAGAGGGUCUUCCAAUUUUCUAUGAUAGGACUGUGCAAAGUAUUAGGUAUGGAGCUGAUGGGGUUUUGGUUUAUGCAAAUGGCCAGGAGUUUCGAGGGGACAUGGUUCUUUGCACUGUGCCAUUAGGUGUGCUUAAGAAGGGGUCGAUUGAAUUUGUCCCAGAGCUUCCACAAAGGAAGAAAGAUGCAAUUCAGAGUUUGGGAUUCGGAUUGUUGAAUAAAGUGGCCAUAUUGUUUCCAUAUAACUUCUGGGGCGGAGAUCUUGAUACUUUUGGGCAUUUGACCGAAGACCCGAGUAUGAGAGGCGAGUUCUUUCUGUUUUACAGCUAUUCUUCUGUAUCAGGAGGUCCUCUUCUGGUUGCACUUGUUGCAGGAGAUGCUGCCAUUAAGUUUGAGCAGAUGUCUCCUUUGGAGUCUGUGAAUAGGGUGUUAGAGAUACUGAGGGGCAUUUUCCACCCUAAAGGUAUUGCUGUUCCAGACCCUAUUCAGGCAGUGUGUACUCGGUGGGGGAAGGAUGACUUCGCAUAUGGGUCGUAUUCAUAUGUUGCAGUAGGUUCUUCAGGAGACGAUUACGAUAUUCUUGCAGAAAGCAUUGGGGAUGGGAGAGUAUUCUUUGCUGGAGAGGCCACUAAUAAGCAGUAUCCUGCAACAAUGCACGGAGCUUUGCUCAGUGGGAUGAGAGAGGCUGCUAACAUCCUGAGAGUAGCUAAAAAGAGGACAAUAAUCCCAUCACAGAAAUUUAAUAUUUCUUCCAAGGAAGAUGAGGAUUUGGAUAAUUUGUUUGACACCCCUGACUUAACAUUUGGGAGCUUCUCCGUUUUGUUUGAUCCCAGGUCGUCGGAUCCUGAGUCUACAUCCUUGUUUAGGGUGAAACUCGGAGGGGAGAAGUUGGACAUGGGAAGUUUCAGUCUGUACGGCUUAAUUUUGAAGAAGCAUACCUUUAAGCUGAGAGAUGUAGAUGGUGAUGGGAACAGGAUGACAAUGUUGAAUUUCGAAUUUGGAGUGAGGCUGGUUGGGAGAAAAGGUCUGAGUGGUGUUGCAGAAUCUCUUAUCGCCUGCAUUAGAUUAGCUAAAUCAGGUAUGAAACAGUAGUGGGUUUGGAGCUGGUUUUGCAUAGUGAAGCAGAUCAUGAUUUCAUCAGCUGGAAGGAAUUCAAUUCAUGGUUAAUUGUUGUUGUAGUAAAAAUAAUUACUUGUGCCGAGAAGACUGGAAGACUGAAGUGAUUCUGUUGGUCAUGACUCAUGAGAACCACUUCAGAUGUUCAACAAUAUAACCAAUGCUUUUCCCGAGUCGCUUAGUAAUUGUAGGAAUGAAAAUCUGGUUGUGAGUUCCUUAUUUAUCCCCACAUUAACAUUGUUGUACAUCCUCAAUUUAGUUGCAGUAUCAUUUUCCUAUUCAGAUUGC